CUUUGAAAUAUUCACGCGUCUGGUUGUUGCUGACGGUGCCUGAUAUUCAUACAAUUAAUUACAUUAAAACAUUUUAUUUCCCCUUAUCGUAAUUUGAGUACACAGUAGAUGCGUAGAAAAGCAAGAAAUACGACUUGAACGCACUUAGUUUAACAAUAGCAACUACAUCAAGUUGCAAUGUCUAGCAAAAUUCACAUUUGUCUAGUAUUGUGCUAUAUUCUCGGUUUUGUCCUACAAAAGGUCGAACUGCGAAAUCUUGGAGACGUUUCGAAACCAGAUGAAGGAGCACAAUGCGGUUAUCCGAGCUGUCAUCCAACGAAGCCAAAUAUGCUGAAUGUGCAUCUUAUAGCCCAUACCCAUGACGAUGUUGGAUGGUUAAAAACUGUCGACCAAUACUAUUAUGGAAGUGAGACCCUUAUACAGAAGGCUGGUGUGCAGUAUAUAAUUGAUUCGGUGGUGGAGUCCUUGUUAAAGGAUCCUGAGAAACGAUUCAUCUAUGUGGAGUCGGCGUUUUUCUUCAAAUGGUGGAAGGAACAGACAAAGGAGCAACAGGAUAAUGUCAAAAUGUUGGUGAAUCAGGGACGACUGGAGUUCAUUGGAGGAGCCUGGAGCAUGAAUGAUGAGGCAACAACUCAUUAUCAAAGCGUUAUUGAUCAAUUUGCUUGGGGAUUGAGGCGUUUGAAUGAUACUUUUGGAGAAUGUGGAAGACCAAAGAUUGGUUGGCAGAUUGAUCCGUUUGGACAUUCCCGAGAGAUGGCUUCCAUGUUUGCCCAAAUGGGUUUCGAUGGUCUGUUCUUUGGUCGGUUAGAUUAUCAAGAUAAGGACGAACGUUUGAUGACACAGAAGGCCGAAAUGAUAUGGCAUGGUUCAGAUAAUCUGGGUGAAAAGUCGGAUUUGUUUACUGGAGCUCUAUAUAAUCAAUAUCAAGCACCGAGUGGAUUCUGUUUCGAUAUUCUAUGCGCCGAUCAACCCAUUAUCGAUGGCAAACAUAGUCCCGAUAACAAUGUGAAGGAGAAGGUUGAUAAGUUUUUGGAUUACGUUAAGACUCAAAGCACAUAUUAUCGUACGAACAAUAUCAUCAUAACAAUGGGUGGCGAUUUUACUUAUCAAGCUGCUCAAGUUUAUUACAAGAAUCUCGACAAAUUAAUACGGUAUGCGAAUGAACGCCAGGCAAAUGGUUCAAACAUAAACCUGUUGUACUCGACACCAUCGUGUUAUUUGAAGUCCCUACAUGAUGCUGGCAUCUCGUGGCCUACAAAGAGCGAUGACUUCUUUCCCUAUGCCUCCGAUCCUCACGCUUAUUGGACCGGUUACUUUACAUCGCGACCAACUCUAAAGCGUUUCGAGCGAGAUGGCAAUCAUUUCCUGCAAGUCUGCAAGCAACUAAGUGCUCUGGCCCCAAAGCGAUUUCCCGAGUUUGAUCCCCAUUUGAAUUUUAUGCGUGAAACGAUGGGAAUAAUGCAGCAUCACGAUGCGGUUACAGGAACGGAGACAAAAGUUGCCCUGGAUUAUGCCAAGCGAUUGAGUGUCGGCAUUCGUGCUUGCUCUACAAAUAUAAGAUCCGUGCUGAAUCAAUUGUCAUCCAAGCAAUUCUCUCAGGAGUCAGGCCGAAAUUAUCCCUUGGAACUUAAAACUUGCUCUCUUUUAAAUAUUACCAGUUGUAGCAUUUCGGAAGAUAACGAUCGAUUUGCCGUAACACUUUACAAUCCACUAGCUCAUACCACCAAUGAACAUGUAAGAAUCCCCGUUCCAGGUUACAAAUACCUUGUCAUCGAUCAGACAGGGCAAAGUUUGCCAACUCAAGUGGUUCCCGUGCCGUCUGCUGUGUCUUCCAUUAAACAAAGAAAUUCGAGAGCUACCUAUGAACUUAUUUUCUUGGCCUCCAAUUUACCAGCCGUUGGCUAUAAGACCUAUUAUAUUGAGAAAUCAAAUAGCGAUACUGUUAAAAUUAGGCCUGUUUCUGCGCCAAAGAAAACAUCGAGCAAUACUGUUAUUGGAUACAAAAAGCUCAAAUUAACAUUUGAUACAAAUGGUUUCCUUUCACAAGUCACAGCCGAUGGCAUGACAAGAAUGGUUUCCCAGGAAUUCUUAUACUAUGAAGGUGCUAUUGGGGACAAUAAGGAAUUCCUUAAUCGUUCAUCAGGCGCUUACAUAUUUCGUCCCAAGGACAACAAAUUGCAUUUUGCCACCGAUCAUGCAUCCAUUACGGUGUUUAAGGGUCCUUUGGUCCAUGAGGUGCAUCAGCAAUUUAACGAGUGGAUUAGCCAAGUAGUGCGCAUCUAUAAGGAGAGCCACCACGCCGAGUUUGAGUGGUUGGUGGGUCCCAUUCCCAUAGAUGAUAAGGUUGGCAAAGAAGUGAUUACUCGCUUCACUUCUGACAUUAAAUCAGAUGGAAUAUUCUACACCGAUUCCAAUGGUCGUGAAAUGUUGAAACGCCAGCGAAAUCAUCGCGAAACUUGGAAUCUAAAACUGCAUGAAAGUGUUGCCGGCAACUAUUAUCCGGUUACCACGAAAAUCGCCCUGGAGGACCCAACGGCUCGUAUGGCAAUCCUAACUGACAGAGCUCAGGGUGGCAGCUCCAUGCGGGAUGGCGCCUUGGAGUUGAUGGUUCAUCGUCGCUUGCUACACGAUGACGCAUUUGGUGUCGACGAAGCUCUCAAUGAAACUGAAUACGGUACAGGUUUAAUUGCCAGAGGUAAACAUCAUCUAUUUGUGGGUGAAUCCCUCCUUCGUCCGGAUGUCUCCUUAAAGGCAAUGGAACGCUUAUUGCAGCUGGAGACUCUGUUGCCUUCUUGGAAGUUCUUUAGCAACAUGAGCGCCUACAGCGACAAAGAAUGGCUUGCUUCCUUUACGAAUAGCUAUUCUGGCAUUGCAUUGACCCUACCGAAAUAUGUGCACUUGCUCAGCUUAGAGCCAUGGCAUGAGAACGAACUUCUCGUGCGAUUUGAACACAUCCUGGAGAAAAAUGAUGAUUAUCACGAUUCGCAGUACGUUCAAUUCAAUGUUGAAGAUGUACUCGGUGGCUUUAAGAUUGUGAACAUGCGGGAAACAACUCUGGAUGGAAAUGCCUGGUUAGAUGAGCAUCGACGUAUGGAGUUUGUUCCAGAUCCCGAGGAUGAGAGUUACAAUACUUAUGGCAUAUUCUCAAAGCCUUCGAAGAGCGUUCAUCUGCUGGACGCAUCUAAACCUAUGUUGGGCGUUAAGUACGCAAAAGAGGCCUUGGAAACUGGGGAGUUGGGUGCCGAAAGUAAUCGGAUUAAACGUAAUGCUCGCACUGGACAUUUUACUUUACACAGAAACCGGGGUAGACAAAUCGAAAUGGAGAGUACCGAUAACUUAAAAGUCAAUCUACCAGCAAGAGAAAAUGAUAAAUAUCUAAUCGAGCUGAGCCCCAUGGAAAUUCGCACUUUUGUCAUUUAUCUUAAGUAAUGAUUGUGUUUGAGUAUAACUGUUGUCUCUUACAUCAAAUUCUCUUUGAAUAUUAUCAACAAUACUUAACUUUAAAUAUAUACUUUUGAAAUACGUAUAUUGCAUAAUUA